CCCAUCCUGGGGAACAGAACUGCUAGCGGGAAAGAUGGGGGAGCCAGAGUCUCCAUCCCCUCCAGCCCCCCAGGCUGCCCCAGGCCUCCUGGACAGCUACUCCGAGAUGAACAACUACCGGCGGGCCAUGCAGAAGAUGGCAGAGGACAUCCUGUCACUGCGGAAACAGACCAGCGUCCUGGAGGCAGAGAAUCGCAUGCUGAGGAGCCAGCUGGCCCAGAAGGAGGUAGAAGAGGAGUCAGCCAGCCCCGACAAGGCCCAGAACCUGGCACCCAUGAAGCAGAAACUGCUGCUGAGUGAGCUGGACACGAAGAAGCUGAGGGACAAGGUGCAGCGUUUGCAGAACGAGCUGAUUCAAAAGAAUGAUCGAGAAAAGGAGCUGCUCCUCCUACACCAGGCUCGGCAGCCACAGGCUGCGCUGCUGAAGCGCUACCAGGACAAGCUGCAGAAGAUGAAGGCACUGGAGGAGACCGUGAGGCACCAGGAGAAGGUGAUCGAGAAGAUGGAGCAAAUGCUGGAGGACAAGCUGCGCAAGAGGAGUAAGCCCCUGCAGGACAAGCCGCAGGGAAAGCCCAGCAUGCCCUCUGGCCUUCCCCCGGAUCCUACGGGCGAGAAUCUGCCUGUUGACGUCUACACAGUGCUGCUCAUGGAAAACUUGAGACUGCAGGAAGAGCUGGAUAAGAACUGCCACCAGUCAGCCCCCAUCAUUCUGCAGCCACAGGCCCUGCCGGUGGACCCAGGGGAGUUGGGAGCAAGAGGAGAUCUGGCAGAGAGACUGCAAGAGACAGAAGCCCCAGGCCACUCCAGGGGCACCCUGACCACACAGGAUCUCCUUGCCAAUAAUUCAGACAAGUUUAGCCUGCUGGCCAAGCUGGAACAAGCUCAGAGCCGGAUCUUGUCCCUGGAAAGCCAGUUAGAGGACACAGCUCGGCGCUGGGGACGAGAGAAGCAGGACUUGGCCACACAGCUGCAGGAACAAGAAUAUGGCUUGCGGCACCCUUCCAACAUGGCCACCACAGACGCGCCCAACCCUUCCAAGGACCAAACGCAACCCUCCAAGUUGGACCCCUUGAUGCCCAGCUCAGAGACUAAGCUCAACAAGCUCUUGAAAUCUCAACAGACUGACUCCUAGCAGGCCUGAGUCCUAGAGCAGACCACCCCUUCUGUGUGCUGGAGUCUCAGCCCCACCCCAUUAAAAUGACUUUAUUAAAUGCUGUAUGUCAGUGAGCAUUCACCCCUUUCCCAGAGCAGGGCAGCCUGGGGUACCUAAGCUUCCUCCUUCCAGACCCCACUCUGGGUCUGGGCCCUCUGCUGUAGCCCUAUAGCCACCUGUCUGUUCCAGGAGCUACCCUCUUUAGAGAGUCAAAUGCCAUAGUGGACCCAGGACAGGAGUGGGCAGGGAGAGCGAAGAGGCCUUUCAAAGCAGAAACCAGGGAGACAAACCCCAUUCAGACCUCCAAAAGAAUUGAGACCACCAGAGGUCAGCUGGUAAGAGAGGCUGGGAUUUUCUACCUGCCCCUCAACAUGUAUCAUAUCUGAAAUCCUUUGUUUCAAGUUUGGUUUCUCUGUUUCUUGGGAAGGCAAAGACUUGAAGCCUGCCUGUGACAAUCAGUUACAUGUUAGUAUGAAAUACUCCAUUCAGGAGGGAUAGGCUGAGCUGGGAGUGUUGUGUCUAAACACAUCCAGGGACAGAAAAGCAGAUGGGGCUAGAAGGAGGAGCCCUCCACUGAAAGUUAGGAGGCCUGGCUUCUAGCUACAAGCAUGCUGUGUGACCUUGAGUGACUCAAGCAACCUCUCUGGGCUAACAUCUGUGACCGUAAGGCCCUCCAACUCUAACAUUUCCAAGCAAAAAUGACUCAAGCCUGGAGAAUGGAAAAGAAGCAGGAAGGAGAGAGAAAGACAACAAGGAAGCAGACUGUGAUGAGGAAAAGCAGAAAGGCUUCAAGAGUGAAUUCAGAACCUGCAGAUCCUGGUAGAAGAGGCCAAGCCAUUCGGGCUGCUAUCCUGAGCAGCACUAGCCCCUCAUGUCUGCCUGACUUGGACUUGGGUAGCCAAGGGCCAGGGAGACUCAGGUACCUGGUCAAGUCAGAAGUCACAGAACUCAGAGGGGGGCCAAGGGGGUUAAAAUUGAGACCAUUGUCAGGCAGUCCAAGUAAUGCACCAGAGACUCUGCCCCAGUCUCCCUGCGUAAUGCCCAGAGCUUGGGCCUGUGGGCCUGUCCCACUGGUGUAGGAAGUUAAGUCCUGGGGAAGCCCAGAGAAGGGUGGGCAGGUGGGAUAGAGGAAGCACGCCGGCCUCUUCUUCCCAGAGUCAGUCACCUCACACCAGCCCCUCACCCACAGCCUCUUCACCACAUCAUCCCCAGAUAUCAUGCUCCAGACUCUCACUGGCCCUUGGCAGGAAGUCCUUGUGGCCCCACAGGGAAUUCCCACCCAAGGCUCAGCCAAGCAGAGCACUGUAGGAGCCUCACCCCUGAUAGGUGGGCCUGCCCGGGGAGCCAGGAUUGGCCCACACCUCUCAGGCUGCCCUGUUCUCUCAGCAGAACUCAGCCAAGUUUUUGUACCUCUGCCAGCUGCUCCAGUGGUGCAAUGGCAAUAGCCAUCCAUCUGCUCUGCCUCAUAAGCAACAGGACAACAGGGAGGUGGAGCCUGUUGGCUCCUGAGCUUCUAUUAGGUGGGUG